GCGGAAAUCCCACCUGCUCCCGACGGCGGAAGUUCCGGGAGUGCCCAGUACCCGCGUGCAUACGGCAGCCGGCAUGGCGCACUACAACUUCAAGAAAAUUACGGUGGUGCCGUCCGCCAAGGACUUUAUUGACCUGACAUUGUCGAAGACUCAACGAAAGACUCCAACUGUUAUUCAUAAACAUUACCAAAUUCAUCGCAUUAGACAUUUUUACAUGAGAAAAGUCAAAUUUACUCAACAGAAUUACCAUGAUAGACUUUCACAAAUUCUAACAGAUUUCCCUAAAUUGGAUGAUAUUCAUCCGUUCUAUGCUGAUUUGAUGAAUAUUCUCUACGACAAGGAUCAUUACAAGUUGGCUCUGGGGCAAAUAAAUAUUGCCAAAAAUUUAGUGGACAAUGUUGCUAAAGAUUACGUGCGACUGAUGAAGUACGGUGACUCUCUCUACCGCUGCAAACAGCUGAAGCGCGCGGCCCUGGGACGGAUGUGCACAGUGAUCAAGAGGCAGAAACAGAGUUUGGAGUAUUUGGAGCAAGUGCGUCAGCAUUUAUCCCGUUUGCCAACCAUUGAUCCAAAUACCAGGACUCUGCUUUUGUGUGGGUACCCAAAUGUUGGGAAGUCCAGUUUCAUCAAUAAGGUUGGUCUCUUUUUUAUCGUAAAGCAAAUAAUCUGACCACUUUAGGUCAGCGUUACUGUAUUCUGACUGCGUGGGAUUCAGGAUGGCCUUGGAAAUAAUUUUGGCCUCCGAGUUGGUCCUUGAGUAAACACUGCCCUGGUCUGCAGGAGGCCCCGUGCCUGAGCACACCUGAGUUCCUCUUGGAGGGGACUGACUUUGUCUGUAUCUACAUUUAUAUUACUAUUACAGAAGCCGUUACUUUUUUUCUUGU